AUGAGUUACCUUAGCCAGCCUGGUGAUUGCUUCGGGUCUUGUUAUCAUCUGUGUGGAAAAGUGGACCAGCGUGAGCGAGCAAGGGCUCUGGCAGACACAAGUCACCUUCUGAUUAUUGCACUUAGCUCUCCCUGGGGACUUAAAUUUUGGAAGUGUUCCUUUCACACGAUACUCUCCAAGAUGUUGAGUGUGAAUCCCGAGGAAGACCCUCUGGACAACUUCCUCCAGUACAUUGAGGAUAUGGGGAUGAAGGCGUACGAUGGCCUGGUUAUUCAGAAUGCCUCCGACAUUGCCAGAGAGAACGAUCGCUUGAGAAAUGAAACAAACCUGGCCUAUCUGAAGGAGAAGAACGAAAAGCGCCGAAGACAAGAAGAAGCAAUAAAGCGCAUAGGUGGAGAAGUAGGGCGAGGCCAUGAAGCAAGCUACGUGGGCAAACAUUUUCGCAUGGGAUUCAUGACGAUGCCCGCUCCUCAGGACAGGCUUCCCCAUCCUUGCUCGAGUGGUUUCACGGUGAGGUCCCAGUCCCUGCACUCUGUCGGGGGCACGGAGGAUGACAGCAGCUGUUGCACCCGGAGACAGCCACCACCCAAGCCCAAGCGGGACCCCAGCACCAAGCUGAGCACCUCCUCGGAGACGGUCAACAGUACCACAGCCAGUAAGAGCGGGAAGCCCCCGGAGAGGACUGAAGUGUCAGCCAAACCGAGACCCCACAGCGAUGAAUACUCCAAGAAAAUCCCCCCUCCGAAGCCGAAAAGAAACCCCAACACUCAGCUGAGCACCUCCUUUGACGAGACCUACAUCAAGAAGCACGAGCCACGGAGGACGUCGCUCACGCGGGACUCCUCACUCUCGCAGGUCAGCAGCCCCGCCGGGGACCCCGAGGAGGAGGAGCCCGUGUACAUCGAGAUGGUGGGCAACAUCCUCAGAGACUUCAGGAGGGAGGAGGACGACCAGAGCGAGGCUGUCUACGAGGAGAUGAAGUACCCCAUUUUUGACGACCUGGGCCAGGAUCCCAAGUGUGACCUGGACCAUCACAGCUGUUCCUCGCAGUGUGCUACGCCCACGGUGCCUGACUCGGACUCGGCCAAGUCCUCAGUGCCGUGCACGCCCCGGGGUCUGCUCUGUGACAUCCCCCCGCCCUUCCCCAACCUGCUUUCUCACAGGCCCCCGCUGCUCGUGUUCCCCCCGGCUCCCGUACACUGCUCCCCCAACUCCGACGAGUCUCCGCUGACACCCCUGGAGGUCACCAAGCUCCCCGUGUUGGAAAACGUGUCUUACAUGAAGCCACCACCCGCCGGAGCAUCGCCACCUUCCGGCCACGCCAAGCUGGACAAGGACCCGGCCGGAGCCCUGGGCCCCGCUCCAGGCGCGGCUGUGCUGUCCUCGUCCCCGCCGCCCCCCUCCACUCUGUACCGAACGCAGUCUCCCCACGGCUACCCUAAAAGCCACUCCACCUCCCCAUCGCCUGUCAGCAUGGGCCGGUCCCUGACCCCCCUGAGCCUCAAGAGGCCGCCCCCCUACGACGCCGCCGUGCACGCCGGCAGCCUCUCCCGGGGCUCGUCUUCAGUGCCUCCUGCCACCCCGCGGCCCGUGUCCCAGGACGGGGCCAAGAUGGUCCACGCCGCGGUGAACACCUAUGGGGCGGCUCCCGGCGGGUCUCGAUCCCGAACGCCCACAAGUCCCUUGGAAGAAUUGACCAGCCUAUUUACCUCAGGACGCAGCCUGCUGCUGAGGAAGUCGUCCAGCGGCCGGCGGUCCAAAGAGCCGGCAGAGAAGUCCACAGAGGAGCUGAAAGUCCGAAGCCACAGCACGGAGCCAUUACCAAAGUUGGACAGUAAAGAACGAGGUCACCACGGAUCAGCUUCCUCGAGAGAGCCUGUGAAAGCUCAGGAAUGGGAUGGAACCCCAGGCCCACCUGUGGUCACCAGUAGGAUGGGAAGAUGCUCUGUGAGCCCCACCUUGUUGGCAGGAAACCACAGUUCAGAACCUAAAGUAAGCUGCAAAUUAGGCCGGUCUGCAUCUACGUCAGGUGUGCCUCCACCAUCAGUCACUCCUCUCAGGCAAGCCAGUGACCUGCAACAGAGCCAGGUGGCAUGCAUGCAGUGGUUUCAUGGAGACCAUACAAUGCUUGAGAUGAUUGAGAAAAAGCGUUGCUUAUGCAAGGAAAUAAAGGCUAGACAGAAAACGGAAAAGGGCCUUUGCAAACAGGAUAGCAUGCCUAUCCUCCCCAGCUGGAAGAAGAACGCAGGUGCGAAGAAGUGCAGCCCUCCGCCCUAUUCUAAACAGCAAACAGUAUUCUGGGAUACUGCCAUAUGAGUGUGUGCAGGACGCGGGACUCCGCAUCACUUAAGACGAAGAGGGAGGCGGACUGGGUCACGUGGUAUUUAAUUGUUGCAUAUUUUCUCCGUGGGAGUGCAUCGCCACAGGGAGCUGUGCCUACCUGUGGCAAGUUCAAGAUGAAAUGUAUAGGUCCUUGAGAUCAAGGCACACUUAAUUUAUCCCAGAUUAUUUUAAAUCCAGAAGAUAUUAAAUUGUAAAUAUUUUACUAGUUUAGGGGUGACACCUGAAUCAAUACACACUAUACGUAUAUAAAUGACAGAAAUAUCGAGUUUACUAUACGAUAUAAUUUUGGUAUUAACCGGUUUGUUAUCUCUUUUAUAUGUAAUUCCUUGAUGCCUUUUAUUAUUAAUUUUUUCAUUGAAAACCCUUUUCUUUUUCCUCCUCCCCACAAAUGGCUUCUGUAUAAGAGCUCACAGCUAUAAAUCAUAUUCAACUACAUAAUAUAUGAUCUGGUGCUAGUAAUGUAGAAGUUGAAUGUCAUAUUCAUUAAGAAUAUCCACAGCUUUUUAAAUUUUGAAGGUUUUGACCAAAAAUAAAUGCAAAUAUGAUGUUAAUUUGUACAUCCAGGUUAUACUGACACCAACAUUUCUGCUACAUUGGUUUCAUAUAAUUUCCUUUCCAGUAUCUUCUUGAUUAUACCCAUUAUAAGCAAUGGUUAGUCAGAUUGCAGAGAAAGGUGUUAGGACAUUUCCUUCAGAAAUGACUUUCGGGACAUGUGUCCUUGCAUCAUUGAUCUGAUGGGAGGAGACCAGGGUUCACUGUGAUAAGGGAAAGAACAAGAAAUCAAAAAUUUAAGAGCAUGACUACACUUGAGAGGCCGAGGUUAGAGGAGGUGUGGUCACUGCAAUACAGUUUUCAAGUAACUUUUCAUGUGCGUGAUUUUUUUCCCCUAGAAAAAGAAAUAAACAUUCAACUAGACCAGCUUACCUAAUUCAGUACAUUAAAUGCCAGUCUUUUUCAGUUUAAGUCCAUUAAUGAAAAAAUAUUUCUUGUUAUUUUUUUCAAACGUGUUACUACAGUUUUGGGUCAUAAUCCAUGCAUAACCCUCAUACCAAUUCUUACUGAUCAUGACUCCAUGACCAAAGAAUUAUGAUCACUUCUUUUUUUGAAAUACUUUUUUCAAGGAAGAAACAGGAAAUACAGGGGGUAGAGGAUAAGGUGAUUCGAUUUUUGUGGUGAUGAAAUUUAAGUUUAAAAUAAUUCUAUAUAUCUUUUAAAAGUAACUUGCUAGUUGAAUAUAAAUAUUGCCACAGAUAAAUAAAAAGGAAAGUAUCACAUAUAUUUUAUAUAUUUAAAUUCCUAUUUAUGCUUCCUAAAAUUGACAGUAUGUGAUUCUUCUUUAACAAUCAAUUUAGUAUUAUAUUUCUGAGAGAAAAAAGGCGUGUGUGUCUCAAGUUAUUGUUAGAGUAGUUUUCCUCGUGAGGGUAUUGACAGCAAUAGUACUGUGCUGCUCAAUAAAACCAAAUAUGACAGGAAGUAGGAGAUUUUUGUAAUCUAUAUUGAUAAAAACCUAGCAAUGCUUUAUCGGUAAUAGUUCUUUUCAAGAGCCUUUGAAAUGUUAAAAACAUAAUUUUGUAAUGUUUUAUAAUUAAUGUAUAU